AGGCUUGGAGCGGGGGAAUGGUUUACAGCUCGCGUGUCUGCUUGCGGGCUGUUCCAUAUUGCUUAUCCCAGCGCGACCGAGCAGCAAAGAGCGGAUCUUCGAAGUCUUUACGGACAGCUUAGUCAUGACGACAUGCCGAUGGUCCGUCGCUCGUCUGCACUGAACAUGGGCAAGUUUGCCGCCACGGUGGAGCCGCAGUUCCUGAAGCUUGACAUUCUCGAAUUCUUUAAAGAUCUUACAAAUGACGACCAAGAUUCUGUGAGACUAUUGGCUGUCGAAGGAUGUGCUGCGGUCGGAAAGCUCCUGGAGAAAAAGGAUUGCAUCUCCAGCAUCCUUCCUGUGAUUCUGUCGUUUGCCCAGGACAAGUCGUGGCGAGUGCGGUAUAUGGUGGCGAACCAGCUUCACGAGCUUUGUGAGGCCGUUGGUCCCGAAGUCGCAAGGGCGGAGCUUGUCCCCGCGUAUGUGAAGCUUCUGAGGGACAAUGAGGCAGAGGUCCGCAUUGCGGCUGCUGGCAAAGUGACUAAGAUCUGUGCCAUUGUUAAGAAUGGCGAAGCGUUCAAUGUCAUUCUACCAUGUGUGAAGGAUCUUUCAACAGAUACUUCUCAACAUGUACGGUCUGCCUUGGCAUCUGUCAUCAUGGGGAUGGCUCCGCUUCUUGGCAAGGAGCUCACUAUUGAAACUCUGCUACCAAUCUUCCUGGCUCUGCUAAGAGAUGAGUUCCCUGAUGUCCGGCUCAACAUUAUCAGCAAGCUGGAUCAAGUCAAUCAAGUCAUUGGAAUGGACCUUUUGUCACAGUCGCUUCUUCCAGCUAUUGUGGAAUUGUCAGAGGACAGGCACUGGCGAGUGCGACUUGCCAUUAUUGAGUACAUUCCUCUCUUGGCUGGCCAACUUGGAAUGGAGUUCUUUGAUGAGAAGUUAAAGUCUUUGUGCAUGCAAUGGCUUGAAGAUCAGGUGUACUCGAUUCGUGAAGCAGCUGCGACAAACCUGAAACGUUUAGCAGAAGAAUUCGGUGCAGAAUGGGCCCAAUCUCAAAUCCUGCCAAUGAUCAUGGAUAAAGUGAACAACUCUCACUACCUGUAUCGAAUGACAGUCCUGCUUUCUCUCUCUAUGUUGGCCCCAGUGCUUGGUGCUGAGGCAACCUGCAAUACAAUGCUUCCUGUUAUCCUGAAUGCUGCCAAGGACCGAGUGCCGAACAUCCGCUUCAAUGUUGCCAAGAUGCUUCAGUCCUUCAUUCCAAUUGUCGAGCCAUCU